CCCCCGCGAGCUGCGCGCAACAGAUGUCACAUCCAGGCGCCAAAUAGGAAGAACUGCAGGUGUGAGCAGUAUCCGCUUUCUCCGUCUAACCGUAACAAACUACAUCUACGGCAGGGCCCGUCUUUACUUUCACUUAUGUUCGUCUCGACUCGUCGAUCCACCGCCUAUCGAGACGGAGCUGCGCGCUGCCGGGACGAGGACAAAGGCUGAAAACAUGGAGGCAGAUACUGUGAGCAUAUGGCCCCGCAUGGAGCCCUUCUUACUGGGUGCCCUGCAGGUGUCUCCCUCCUCCAAACUCAGCCUGCACUAUCUUCGCAAGAUGGCGACCUAUGUCCGAACGCGAGACGGCUGCUUCCCUGCCCUGGGCUGGUCCAUGUGGAGGCACAUUGCCUGUGGGAAGCUACAGCUUCCAGAAGACCUUGCAUGGCUAUAUUUUGAGACCUUUGACCUUCUGGUAGGCCACAAGCCAGAGGAGAGGCUGGAGCAGGCAGAGUGUUUAUCCCAGUGCUCUUCUAAAAGUGAGCUGGACCAACAAAGGAACAAGUUGUCUGUGGACACUCUGCAGUUCCUCCUCUUCCUCUACAUUCAGCAGCUGAACCGAGUGUCUCUUCGCACCUCCCUGAUCGGCGAAGAAUGGCCCAGUCCUCGCACUCGCUCCCCCUCUCCAUCAGACCGAGAGGCCAAGACCAGUUCCCAGAACAAGAACUGGGACGAUCAGGCCCACUUGUCAUUUGUGCAGAGCCAUCUAGCUGAGAUUCUGGAGCUGCUGGUGGAGCCAGGACAGCUGUCACAGUCUGGACAGGCCCUGAGAGACUGCCAGAUCUCCCUGGAGGCAGUGCGGAGUUUGGGCUUGCUCUUGGAAGGCUCAGUUUGCGGCAGCAAAGCCAUUCAGCCCAUCCACAGGCUGCUGGCCAAAGGUCCACUCCAGACACAAGCUGGGUACUCCACAGUCAGCCGCUCCUUCUCCCUCCACAAGCUCCUCUCGUGUCUUCAGCACAGCCUCACACUCAACCCCUUUGGGAUAACCGCGUGCCUGCGCUCAGGCAAGAAACUGGCCUGGGCUCAACAAGUGGAGGGGGCCAUUAAGAGAGCCAAAAUAGCCAGGAACACACACACGGCUCCACCCGGCAGUAAGAUGGUGCUGAUGUCCCAAGUCCUCAAACAGACCCUGGCAAAAACCUCAGACAAGCUGACCGGUGCCAACAUCAAAAUCCACAGAUGCUCAGAUGCCUUCAUUUACCUUCUCUCACCUCUCAGAUCAGUCAGCUUGGACAAAUGCCGUGACAGCACAGUGGUUCUGGGUCCUGUUGAGACCAGCGUCCACAUCCAUAGCUGCCAGAACUUGCGGGUGGUGUGUGUGGCCGGCAGGAUCGCCGUCGGAGCCUCUUCACGUUGCACCAUCCAUGCCUUGACUCCCACCCGCCCCUUGCUCCUACCUGGAAACACUGACAUUAUCCUGGGACCCUUCCACACCUUCUACCCAUCCCUGGAGGAUCAUAUGGCCAGCGUGGGGCUAGCUGUGGUCCCCAAUGCCUGGGAUCAACCCCUGCUUCUGGGGACUGAGGGCCUCGUCAACCCCUCACUCAACGCAUCGUCCAAUCCAGACCCUGCCUGCUAUCGCCUGCUGGCCCCGGCUGAGUUUCACACACUGGUCGUGCCUUUCCAGAUGGAGGGCGACACAUGCGAAGUGCCAGGCGGUUUGCCUCCUCCAUAUCAGGCAGCUGUUGAUGAAAAGCAGAAGAGAAUACAGAACUGGCAGAAGACUGUGAUGGAGGCCCGGCUGAACAAGCAGCAGAAGCAGCAGUUCCAGGAGUUGGUGGAAGUCAAGUUCCACGAGUGGCUUCUGGAAACAGGGAACAGGCAGGAACUUGACAGCCUUAUCCCGCCCACAAUAGCCUCUUUAAAGGAAUCCAAUGGGCCUGCGACAGACACGACCCGAGUUAAUGAUACCAAACAUAUUCGGAAUGGACGGGCAGUGGGACAGUCACCUAUGGCUUGUUGACUUCUUGGGUUACUCUUUUCUGGGUCUCAUCCCGCAGGAUAAUCGUACCUGUAAAGCACAACAGUAUGCACAGACAGGCUACAUAUAGUAUUUAUGCCGUUAGGAGCCCCUGUCUCACCAAACUGAGGAGUAUGUUUACACCAAGUGUUAUUGUACAGUAUGUUUGUGGUUAUUUACACCUCACUCUGACAAGUCUGGAGCUGUUAAUCUAGCUUUUAGAGUGGAAAGCUAGUCUCGGCUGCUUUGCAGUUCCUUCUUAAGAAAAGGCAGCUACUAAUUGUUCUUUGCGUGUCUAAGCCAAGCAGGGAGUGGAUUGGCAUGUUGUAAAACAACAUCGCAGGCACCAUUCUCUUAAGGGGAGGUGUACACUUAAAAAAACAUGGGUACAGCAUAUGUUAAAUCACCACUGGAUUUUAAAGGGGCAUUUAGAAAAAGAUGAGAUUUGGGUUUACUGCUUAAUGGAUACAGAAAAUCAAAAUUUGAUUUUAAGAAAAGAAGUGGAGCGAUUAUACUUUAUAAGGCAACCAGCAUGACAGGCUGUCAGACACGCUCUAAAAGAUGUUCUCUUGUAGCAUUAUAGUGCAUAUAGAGCAUUAACAUCAUAAUAAUUCUCAGUUUGAAAUUCACUUACAACCCAGUGUUCCUGUGUAGAAGUAUUUGUGUGAACUCAAUAUAGUUAGAGAUGUUUUGGAGUAACCAUUUAGAGGAUUGUAAACUUGCGGCACUGUGCCGUGGUGGUUGCUGCUUUAGGUGAAGCUGUGGCUCAAUACGGCAAAGUUGCUGUCUGAAGUGACUGUCACCAUUUCUUCCCAAACUGUGCCCACGUGUGUAAACUAACCUACAUGCUAUUUUCUGAUUUUUUUUUUUUUUUUUAAUCAUUAAUGGAAGUUAAAGGAUAACUCCAAUAUUUUUUGAACCUGGCCUUAUUUUCCCAUGUAUUUGGAGGUAAAUGGGAUGGGGCUAAAGAUCUUUGGUUGUCCACGGUGGCUGGGUACGCUGUUCUUGCUCAAUACUGCACCGAUUCCAAAGAUUUUUGCCCCUGUCAUUCAUUGAAACUGCAAAACAUGUGAAAUUAAGGUUCAAAGGUUCUGGGGUUUAACAUAAAGAUAGAUACAUUUAAAGAUAGAGAUUGUAGAUGCUAAAUGAAUUCAGCACUUUGGGUAUUAAGGACACGUUAGUGCACCUACAGUUACUAGCUCAGGACAUAGUAUUUUUCUGUGUUAUUAGAAUAUAGAAAAAAAGAAAUCAAGCGUUUCCUAUAACGGGGGAAAAAAGAAGGAAUAUCAACAUAAUUUAUUUUAGGUCUGACUUUAAUUGCACCGUCCAAACGUAGAAGGUAAGUCCACAGUACCUAUAGCCAGGCUGCUCUCCACGUGCUGAAUCUUUUAAACGUUGUAUUUUUUUGCCACACCCCAGUUAUUGGUAUCACAAUAGGUGUUACCACCAGCUGUCAAAGGAAAUAUUUGUUCUGACAUGAGUGACUGUGCUGUGGCCACAAGUACAACAUGAAAACACAGCAGCAGUUUUUAUCGCAGACUGAGGCUAAAUUGAACAACUAUGGUCAGUUUGCAGGAUAGUUAUCAGAUGUGCUACAGAUCCUAACUAUGUUUAUUUUUAUAUUAAAUCACCUGUAUAAAUAUGUAUAUUUUAGCAUUAUAGGAAGACUAUUUUUCAUAAAUCUGCCCUUCUUCAAGGACCAUUUAUUUCCAUUAAGACCCUCUUCACAGAAUGGGACCAACAUUAAAUACAACAGAACUGCUACAUGUGUCUUCAGGGCAGCACUUAAGCAAAGAUAGACUUUCUAAAGAAGUGCUGUUAAAAUGUUAUAUUACUGUAAAAAAAAUCUAAAUGCUGGGACAUGUUUCUUCAUUUUCAACAUGAAAGUGGUUACACUGUAAAAUGCCUUAACUGUUGUUGCUUACUUUGAAAACUCACCCUUUGAACACACACCUCUAUGCAGCCCUUACUAUACGAAGAGCACAAGAUGGUUUCCAUUGUUAAAAAGUAAAAAUCAAUAAAGGUUAUGUCUAAAACUU